GUUACGUUGGUCGCCAAUCAGCUGACUGAGCACACACAAUUUGUAGUAUGACAUAAUAUUCGGGCGGCCGUACGUCGUCCUCCCAAUCAUCACCACACCUCGCUUCAUCAUUUAAGCUUGGCGAGUUGUGCUCUCCAGAUUUGGAUGAACUUAGCUAGCUCGCCUCACACACAGCCACAUACGAUACGACAACAAUGGAGCAAGCAGCCAGCAGCGCGCAGGAGGAUCUCAGCCUCGAGCUCACCAUGGCCUUUGCCAUGUGCGUGGCGCCAGCCGCGCCCCGCCAGGGCUUCUUCCUGUGCGUCUACUGUGACCGCAAGUUCGGCAACGCGCAGGCGCUCGGGGGUCACCAGAACGCGCAUAAGCAAGAGCGUGCCGUCGCCAAGCUCCGCCGGGACGCGUGGAGGGCUGCUGCCAUUUCUCGGAUCUCCGGGGAGCCUGCAGCAGGCUCCGUGGCGUACAAGCGCGGCAGGAGCUCAUUGGAGCGCGGCCACGAGCUGGACUUGUCUCUCCGGCUGUAACCGGUUGCCAGAUCGAUCAAACCCUUUCAGUAUCCAUGGUCCGCACCCCUUUCCAGUGCUAGGUAUGUUAGAGUGUAGCUACAACCAUUUGCUUCAAGGUCCUGCCGUGUAUGCGUUGGAUUCAUGUCAGCGCUCUUGUAGUUUAUUGGACAU